CAAAAAUAGUAGAAAUUUAGAAUGGAAACAAAAACACGAGUAUAUGAUAUCAACUCCUCGACACCUCCGCCUCCACAAUCGGCACCAGAAAAAAUCAUAAUCCCGACAUGCUCUUCUUAUUAACCUCACUCUCCAACCCCUAAUUCAAAUCCCCCUUUUCUUCAUGGCUACGACGUCGUAUUUGGACCUCAAUCGCUGCAGCAGGCCACUCCCGCCCUCUCUCUCCUCUCUCUCCGCCUGUCCCUGCCGUCCCUCCGCCGUUACUCUCCCUCGUUCGCGCGCCAAAUUGGGUGGUCUAGAUUUCUCCAUCGAUGGAACUAGACCUGUUGUUGGGCUCGGCCCAACUAGAGGCUUGUGCCGCCCCCGCCGCCGCCUAAUCGCUGCCGUGGCUCGAGCCGACCCGGACCAUCUCGGCGAUGGCAAUGCCAAACAGGUACUUGGAGUCCACAAAGGCCGUGAAUUGUCGCUGAAUGAAGAUGCGGUCGCAGAGAAUCAAGAGAAGGCGAAUCAGUUAAAAAAAAGGAUUGUUUUUGGACUUGGCAUUGGAUUAUCUAUUGGAAUUGUUGUGUUGGCUGGAGGAUGGGUAUUCACAACAGUUGUGGCAGCAGCUGUAUUUGUUGGCGCACGGGAGUAUUUUGAAUUGGUUAGGAGUCGUGGAAUUACUGCAGGAAUGACCCCUCCACCUAGAUACGUUUCACGAGUUUGUUCUGUUAUUUGUGCUCUCAUGCCCUUACUUACCUUGUAUCGCGGUCAGAUUGAUGUUUCUGUGACAUCUGCUGCCUUUUUGGUUGCUAUGGCAUUGCAUUUACAGAGAGGAAAUCCUCGCUUUGCACAGCUCAGUAGCACCAUGUUUGGGCUAUUUUAUUGUGGAUAUCUUCCCUGCUUUUGGGUUAAGCUUCGAUGUGGUUUAGCGGCCCCAGCCUUAAACACUGGAAUUGGAGCAUCAUGGCCCAUCCUUCUCGGUGGACAAGCUCAGUGGACCGUUGGCCUUGUUGCAACCUUGAUUUCAUUCAGCAGCAUUAUUGCAGCCGACACUUAUGCUUUUAUGGGUGGCAAGGCUUUUGGUAGGACACCGCUUACUAGUGUUAGUCCAAAGAAGACAUGGGAAGGAACAAUUGCAGGCUUAUGUGGUUGUAUUGCCACUACUGUAGUACUAUCAAAGAUUUUUUGCUGGCCAAAAUCUUUGCUAAGCUCUAUAGCUUUUGGGAUUCUGAACUUCUUUGGGUCUGUCUUUGGCGAUCUUACUGAAUCAAUGAUCAAACGUGAUGCGGGCGUAAAGGACUCUGGAUCUCUAAUACCAGGACAUGGUGGAAUACUGGAUAGAGUGGACAGUUACAUAUUCACGGGCGCACUUGCAUACUCUUUUGUCAAAACCUUCUUGCCUCUAUAUGGAGUUUGAUGUGCAUAUUUGGACUGUUAAUGAGAUUACAGAAGCAAAUUAUACAAAGUGAAAUUGCCAAGGAGACGCAUGAGUUUAGAUGAUCAGCUGCAACAUUGUUGGAGAGGCAAACACUUUUUGUUUACUGCUAAUAUCAGAGAUGGAGUUUCUUGAGAUUUUCUGUUAAUUUAAUCUACUAAAUGCAAGCUAGGGAAGGUGCCCUUCGACCCUAUUGAGCUUGAGACUUCAUUCCCUGACUCACCUGGUACUGAUAACCUUUACCUGUUCUAGGGAUAUACUUGUUUUACACUGUUUCUUGGUGAUCACUUCAAACUAGCUACAGAUAGUCAACCAACUAUUGUCGAUGUCUGCAGUAAAGCUGCUUUGAGCCAUUAUCACUAGUCCUCUCGCUAUGCUCUUUUCUACACUUACUGUUAUCAUUUCUUUAUAUUCAUCAUUUCAUGUUUGUUGGAUGAUGCCAAUCCCUGGUUGUGAUUAAUAUAAUGGCGGGGAAUUAUUACUAUUUGUUUAUUUAAAGCGUCUGCAGUCUGCUGUUGUAAUAAACAAUAAGUAAAUGGUUCAAUUGUUAAAUUAGUCGCAUCAUUCUUUGGAAACCCAUUUCCUCUGGACUCUGGUUAUAGACGCUUCCAUUUUCUGUGGUUCUUUUCUUCAAUACAUGUACCUUGAAAGAAGCUUUCUGA